GGAGAACCAAGACCUCAGAGAAGAGGUGGAGUUCGCUGUUCUUCAACUUCGCGGGAACGAGACAUAGUCUGCAAUGUGGACACAGAGCUGAAAAUACAUAUAAGCGGGCUCUAAUACACGACAGCACACCGCAGGCAUGGAGCUUCAUAAAUCUGUGACCUUGUGGAUAUUUUGUGUGUGCCUCGUUGGAGAAAUUGUGACUGAAAAACAAAGUUUACUUGCAAUGGACAGUCAGAUUGAUGACAGUGGUUUGUCAGAUUUUUGUCGAUUUGAUGAACCAUUAUGCAAGAAUGAGAAUGUUGUUCUCAGUUUCGAGGCUAUACGCAGCAUCCAUAAGCAGAUGGACGAUGACGCAAACGGCAACGUAGACGUGGUAGAGACGGAUGGCUUCCUCAGAGAGGACCUUAACUACCAUGACCCCAAGGCCAAGCACAACAGCUUCCAUGGUGAUGACCAGUUCAUCAGUGUGGAGGACUUGUGGAAUGCCUGGAAGAGUUCUGAAGUUUAUAACUGGACGGUGGACGAGGUGGUGGAAUGGCUCAUCACGUACGUGGAGCUGCCACAAUAUGUGGACGCAUUUCGCAAAAUGAACUUCAAUGGCAGUGCUAUGCCAAGGCUUGCUGUAAAGAACACAACUCUGACACUCUCUAUUCUGAAGAUUCUGGAUCGCAGCCACGUGCAGAAGUUGCAGCUUAAAGCUUUGGACACUGUACUCUUUGGAGCACCCCUGAUGAAUAGACAUAACCAUUUGAAGGACUUCAUGCUGGUAGUAUCCAUAGUCAUAGGGAUGGGUGGCUGCUGGUUUGCCUACAUCCAGAAUCGCUAUUCGAAGGACCACAUGAAGAAGAUGAUGAAAGACCUGGAAGGCCUGCAGAGAGCUGAGCAGAGUUUGCAUGAUCUACAACAGAAGCUGCAGAUUGCCCAGGAGGAACAUCGCUCCGUCGAGGUGGAGAAGGUGAACCUGGAACAGAAACUGAGGGAUGAAAUAAACACAGCCAAGCAAGAGGCCCAACGACUGAGAGAGCUGCGUGAAGGGACCGAGAAUGAACUGAGUCGCCAAAAGUAUGCAGAAGAGGAGCUAGAACAGGUGCGCAUGGCACUGAAGAAAGCAGAGAAGGAGCUGGAGUCUCGGAGCAGCUGGGCUCCUCCAGAGUCUCUCCAAAAGUGGCUGCAGCUCACCCAUGAGGUGGAGGUGCAGUACUACAACAUCAAGAAGCAGAAUGCUGAACGCCAGCUGCUGGUGGCUAAAGAAGGGGCAGAGAAGAUCAAAAAGAAGAGGAACACUCUCUUUGGGACUUUCCACGUGGCUCACAGCUCCUCCCUGGAUGAUGUGGAUCACAAAAUAUUGGCUGCAAAACAAGCCCUCGGUGAAGUGACAGCUGCUCUGAGGGAGAGGCUGCAUCGCUGGCAGCAGAUAGAGAUGCUCACAGGUUUUACCAUCGUCACCAACCCGGGCCUCCCCUCUCUGGCCUCAUCGCUCAACGUUGAUUCCAGCUUCAUGGGUGGCAGAGCCACACCGCAGCACUUCAUCAUGUCUGAUGAUGUGGACGACUUGGACGAAGGCCUCGUGUCUGGAAUUUUUCAAUAUGGCGCCCUGCAGCUGGAGCGGCGAGCCAGUGACCUGUUGUCCAUUGCUUCAGACUGUCAGCCCAUGUGGAAAUGCUCUGCUCCCAGUAUGAUGUCUCUACGCCAACGCCACAUUGACCCUCAGCUGACCUUGGGCUCCCAGAGGUUGGUAGAGAGUUCCCUGCUUGCAGGGCAGCAUGGAGAGGGAACCCCUCACUCAUCCAAUCCUAGGCCCACCUUCAGACAGUCACGCAGCCAUUCAUUCGGGCAGCUCGAAUGUCUUCCUCUGCUGCCUCUUUCCUCAGCUGUUUCUCAUCCGUCAGUCAUCUGUUCUUCCAACCUAAACCCCCCGUCUGUACCGUUUUUGUCGUCUUCGUCCUCCUGCUUACCCAGCUCUGUAGCUGGUGGUGUUGCCCCCCAUUCCUCCCACGUAUAUCAUGCUUCUUUCCAGCCCAUGGACCCCAUUCCUGAUUUCACGUUCUCAGAUGCCUCCAAAGUUCAUCCCCUAUUCAGCGACAGUUUCGGGGACCUAAAUCGCUCUGACUCUGACUCUUCCCUGACUCUUUCUCAAGUUGGUGACCGGCUGUCUGCCUUCGGCUCCAGAAGCCACCUAAUCAAACCCACUUCUCUCAUGCAUGGGUUGUCCCACCGUGCAGACGAUACCGUCUCCAUGCACGCUUACACUUCCAACGGAGGGAACCGCAUUCAUGAAGGAGGUGCCGCAGAGGUCGUCUCUGGCAGCCCGAUACUCAUGAAGGAGAUCCACCACAUGGAGAAGUCGCCCAGCCUGGGAGAGAUCAACAGUCUGUCCGAGUCAUCUCGCUCUUUCAGUCCCAACUCCACAGACCUGGAUACACCGUCGCCUACAGGAGGGCAAAUGGGAGUUAUGGGGGUGAAAGGUAGCAGUCGCAUCCCGCAGCUGUCCUCCAAAAAGAGCCCCCUGGAGGAAGACAGUGGCUCGACAGGAGAAGAGACGGAUUCCACUGCCAGCCGCAAGAAACACACCUUCAAGAUCUUCAAGAAACAGAAGAAAUAAGUGCGACAUGAACUAAGGGCUGUUAGACUGUAUCCCUCUGUCUGGUCUGUCAUAGCUUUAUUUUCUUUUUAGGCUUUUUGGGUUCGUUAAUGGAUAAAUCAUGGCACAGUUUGUUGCUGUUGCAUCUUUCAUGUCGGUUACAACACGUGCUACAGACUGGGAGCAACCAGCCGUUUCUCUUUCUCUGCUUCUUUGGUCAGUGUUUAAAACGAGGGCAGUGGGCAGGUUUGUACAUUGGAAUGUAAAGUAUUUAUUCCUGCAGGAAGUCGUGCCAGGGAAUGUCUCCCUCUGGGUUUUCUUUUCAUGUUCUUCAAUCUGACAUUUUGCAUGUCUCCACUUUUGUUUGACUGGUAUUCGAAUGCUCUUGGUGUUUGCUCGGUUCUUGUCGUUAUCCUGCUCAGAGAACACUUGAUGUUCUGUUGGUUACUCCCUAACCACCUGUUCCUCAAACCAAAUUGAAUCCACACUUUCUUUGCCCACAGAGUAC